UUACGACAGAAACGCAUAAUCAAAACAUGUAUUUAUUUGUAUCUAACUAUUCAACUGUCACUUUAUUGCAUUCUCGURCGUUUCACACAACAUAAUAAUCAAAGUAGAUAAGAAUYUGUMAUUUUUUGAAAACAAUAAUCAAAUGUUGUGCGUUACCAGGGUAACCGGGGUAAACUACCAAGUGUGCUGCUAGACUAGCUAAACUAUGCUCUAGUUAAACUACUGGCCUUUUAUUGUCCAUAAAUAUAGCUAGUAAACUUCAACACGUUCCGUGAAGAYACUGUUCACAGACCAUCAGGAUGUCGGUUCCUUUGUCUGGGGUAGAGCUGCUCAGAGUGUGUACAGUGCUCCAGGACUGUGCUGCAGAGCUGUCAGUGCUGGGUCACAUCAUGCCCGACACCUACAGGGGUCGUCCAGAAGCUGAUAAGUUUGUGUCAGCCGACAUUGGACAGGUCCUUGAACAGCAGAAAGGGGCAGAGCAGAACCUGAAAGCAGCCCGUCAGUUUGAGAGAGAGUCUGGGAGACUAUCAGAUAACACCCGUGAGCUGCACAGAUCCCAGAAGGAACUGAACCACACACUAGAGGAGAACCCACUGUCCCCUGACAACCUGGCCAAGGUGCAGAGAGACAGUCAGUUUGUGGCUCACGUGAUUGCUGAUGUGUUGGUGUAA